AUGAGGUUACUUAUCAUAUUCGCUCUUUUAAGUUGUAUUGUUAAUUCAUUGCCAUUAUUAUUUCAAGAUUGGUCAUUUCAACCAUUAUCAUUAUUUAAUUUUGUUAAGAAAGAUCGUUUAAUUAAAUUAAGUCCAACUAUUUAUCAAUUAAUUUCUGAAGAUGAUAAAUUAAAAUUAAGAAAGAAGAAUAUUAAAUUUAUGGACAUCACUGAACAAAUUCCAAUUGAAGAAGCUUAUGAAAGAGGAUUAGUUAAUAAACCAAAUGCAUUUUCAUGGUUUGAUUCAUUAUUUUUCAUUGGUUCAAAACAAGUUACUCAUUUAUCUAAACAAAUUCCAGUUUAUAAUUAUCCAAAAACUACAAAAUAUAAUUCAGAAGUUAAAGAAUUAUAUAAAAAUAUUGAUACUGAUUUAAUGUUUAAAAAAUUAUCAAAAUUUACUUCAUUUUUUUCAAGAUAUUAUAAAUCUGAAUCUGGUGCCCAAUCUGCAGAAUGGUUAUAUAAUGAAUUAGAAAAAAUUAUUAAACCAGUGAAUGAUAAAGUCAAUAUUACAAAAAUUCAUCAUAAUGGAUGGGAUCAAUUUUCAAUAAUUGUUUCUAUACCAGGUGAAAUUGAAGAUAAAGUUGUUAUUGGAGCGCAUCAAGAUUCUGCAAAUUUAAUUUUACCUAGUGUUAUGAGAGCUCCAGGUGCUGAUGAUGAUGGAAGUGGUUCAAUUACGACAUUAGAAUCAUUAAGGUUAAUAAUUGAUUCAUAUAAUAAAAAUUUGUAUAAACCUUAUAAUACUUUAGAAUUCCAUUGGUAUUCUGCUGAAGAAGGUGGUUUAUUAGGUUCAGUUGAUGUUUUUUCAAGAUACUCUAAUGCUGGUGAAGUUGUAGUUGGUAUGUUACAACAAGAUAUGACUGGUUAUACUCAAGGUUCAAUUGAUGCUAAUGUUGAACCUCAUUUUGGUUUAAUUAAUGAUUAUACAUCAAUUGAUUUAAAUAAUUUUAUUAAAUUAAUUAUUAAAUCUUAUAAUUCAAUACCUUAUCAUGAAUCUCAAUGUGGUUAUGCUUGUUCUGAUCAUGCAAGUGCUUUAGAAAAUGGUUAUCCUUCUGCAUUUUUAAUUGAAUCAGAAAUGAAAUAUACUAAUAAAUAUAUUCAUUCAACUUUAGAUACAAUUGAUAGAUUAGAUUGGGAUCAUAUUAAAGAACAUGUUAAAUUAACUGUUGCUUUUGCUUUUGAAUUAAGUUUAGCUAAAGAAUUACAUUAA